AUGGACUUAGACUAUCGGAAUAUGCUGGCACCGAGUGGCCUACCUUUGAUUCCCCAAAGCGACUUUCGGUCCCCCAGUCUUCCCCGCCCGACCCCGGGCAUUAAUUUCAUGCAGAGAAGCCCGGAAUCAGGCGAGAUGGAGAGGACCCCGCCUGUCACGGGCAAGCGCCGAGGUGGAAGCCGGAAGGCCUGUAAUGAGUGUAAGCAACAGAAGCUACGAUGUGACAUUGUACAAACUCCUGCCGCGGCAUGCUCACGCUGCCGCAGGCUAGGCAUUGAUUGCAAAGUUGAACAAUCCUUUAAACGUAUUUCCAAGCGAAGACGCAAUGCGGAAAUGGAAAAAGAAAUUGCUGAUCUCCGUCGUCGACUUGAAACCAAUCCUGAACAUGAGCAGACUGGUGAACAUCAUACAGGUGAUGAGAUGUCACAGACUUCAGAAGAAGGUUUCCGCCGGCGUGAAUCUUCCGCGAUCGAUCGGUCACGCCCGGUGUCCGUUCCAGUAGAGAACCAUCCUUCUAUCUCAACGCCUCUCACGAUGCAUAGAUCUGGCUCUAUCAUAUCACAAGACGAAAAUACACCAUGGAGACUCGAAGAUGUUACCCUAUCAAGAGCGCGCGUGGCGCGGUUAUUUGAACAAUACUUCAAGUAUUAUCAUCCAUUUCUUCCGCUUCUGAAUCUGCCAAAGCCCCCCGAGGUCUAUCUUGGUCGUUGUCCUUUGCUGGCGUGGACGAUUGUAUGUGUGGCUAGUCGACGAUCCCCGUCUGAUCCAGGUCUUUUGAGUGCAUUGUCAGGGCCAUUUAGCCGUCUUUUGUGGUCGACCAUCACCAAUGUCCCCCAAGAUUAUCGAGUAGUCAAAGCACUGUGUGUAUUAUGCACAUGGCCUCUUCCCACCACAAGUCAACGGACCGAUGCUACAUUUAUGCUUAGUGGUCUGAUGAUGCAGAUUGCCAUGCAGUUGGGCUUGCACCGCCCAGUUCAGGCUGAAGAGUUCACGACAUUCCAGAUGGGUGCUCAAGGCGAAGCACUCAAGGAUCGCUUGCACACGUGGAUUAUCUGCAACAUGGUCGCCCAGAACGUUGCGACUGGUUACGGACAACCCCCAAGCACAAUGUACGACUGGGCUCUUGAGCCUGGUUCCUUGAAGGACGCUGAUUAUCAUCUGCCCCCCGAACUUGCUAUUCGGUUGCGUAUUGAAAAGUUCUGUGAUCGGGUGACCAAAGCUCUCUAUAGUAGCAAGCCUGAUCCUGGUGAAUUCACCAGUAGGGAGAAGCUUGUAGUUGUCCAGAUACUCGAGAGUGAACUGAGAGAUAUGGAAGUUGAGUUUGGACAGGAAAUCUCUGCAAUUAACAUGAUUCACCUACGUGCGGCCGAGCUACAUUUCCGGUAUUUUGUUUUCCUGGGCUCUAGCGCACAGAGCGACAAUCUUGCCAAGCUUUUCAUCGCAACUACUUCGUUUUUGGGACGGGUUUUCGACCUUGAAACUGACCCGAGCGAGCCUAUUGGUCAUUCGACCAAUUACAUUCUUCAAAUGAUUGUUUCCGCUGCCUUUGCUUUGAUGAAGCUUUUGAAGAGCAGCUUCAACAGACACAUUGACUUCAAUCACGGAAAGUUGUUAUUCAAUGGCGCUAUCUCGGCUAUUCGCCGGAUCAGCGUCAUGGAUCACGAUCGACCUAUCCGCCUUGCUGACAUUCUUGCUCAAAUGUGGAAUGCAACUGGCCCAGAGCCAGCUGGGGAAGAUGGCCUUCAACUGAAGGUUCGCUGCCGGAUGAGUAUGAGCCAUGUCUACGAUACUGUAUGGCGCUGGCGACAGCGGUUCCGUCCAGUGAAGAGCAUGGAAGAAAUGCAAGCGGCUGCCGCUGCGGCAAAUAUGGACAUCACCACGGCACCGGGACCCAUGGCCCGGCAACAGGAAAUUUCCCUCGAAGACCCAUCAUUGAUGUUACCAGCUCAGUUUGAUGAGAGCGGGGCUUUUUUCAGCGAGGCUGGUUUCUCUGAAGUUUUCGACUCUCUCAACUGGGUUUUCGAGGGCAUCCCGGACUCAUUUGUCGCCCCGCCCGUCUUAUAA